CGGGGCUGACCCGGCACUUUCAGUGACAGCGGCUUCUGACUCAACCUAAGGCUGGUUUCAUCUUACGACCUGCUGAGCCCGGACGUCCACACCUGCCUCCGGACGCUAGGUCGCGCUUCCUCCACCUAUUGGGAGACAGCCACGGGCCUUAAGUGACCGCCGCCGCCGGGGGUCCUCGCCAACCGCUCCGCGCUGAUGCUGAGGGGGAGCGUGGGCCCGGGGCGGCGGCGGAGUGCGAGCCUCUGGCUCCCUAGGCCUGCCGCGGGCGCUGCCGGUUGUUACGCUCCCCAGACUUGCCACCUCCCGCCCGGGCUUGGAUGGGCCCUUCUGCCCGAUAAAUGUGGCUGCUGAGACUGCGGUGGCGGUGGUCGGUCCCGCUGCUGCUGCGGCGCUCCAAGUUCACCUGUGCCGCGGGACUCUCCUGCCCCACGUCGCCCCCCGCUCCUAAUCCCGCGGCCCCGGCCUUGCAGUUUGGCGACAAUGGACAAGAUCCUGGAGGGCCUGGUGAGUUCUUCGCACCCACUGCCCCUAAAGCGGGUGAUUGUGCGGAAGGUGGUGGAAUCGGCGGAGCAUUGGCUAGACGAGGCGCAGUGUGAAGCCAUGUUUGACCUGACCACCCGGCUCAUUCUGGAGGGCCAAGACCCCUUCCAGCGGCAGGUGGGGCACCAAGUGCUGGAGGCCUAUGCGCGAUACCACCGGCCAGAAUUCGAGUCCUUCUUCAACAAGACGUUCGUGCUGGGCCUCCUUCAGCAGGGCUACCACUCGCUGGACAGGAAGGACGUAGCCAUUCUGGACUACAUUCACAACGGCCUGAAGCUGAUCAUGAGCUGCCCAUCGGUGCUGGACCUCUUCAGCCUGCUGCAAGUAGAGGUGUUACGUAUGGUGUGUGAGAGGCCGGAGCCGCAGCUGUGUGCCCGAUUGAGCGACCUCCUGACCGACUUCGUGCAGUGCAUCCCAAAGGGAAAACUGUCCGUCACCUUCUGUCAACAGCUUGUUCGAACGAUAGGCCAUUUCCAGUGCGUGUCCACCCAGGAGAAGGAGCUGCGGGAAUAUGUCUCUCAGGUGACAAAAGUGAGUAACUUACUGCAGAACAUCUGGAAGGCCGAGCCCUCCACACUCCUGCCUUCCCUGCAGGAAGUUUUUGCAAGCAUUUCUUCCACAGAUUCAUCAUUUGAACCUUCUGUAGCAUUGGCAAGCCUUGUGCAGCAUAUUCCCCUUCAGAUGAUUACAGUUCUCAUCAGGAGCCUAACUACGGAUCCAAAUGUAAAAGAUGCAAGUAUGACCCAAGCUCUUUGCAGAAUGAUUGACUGGCUGUCCUGGCCAUUGGCUCAGCAUGUGGAUACAUGGGUGAUUGCACUCCUAAAAGGACUGGCAGCUGUCCAGAAGUUUACUAUUUUGAUAGAUGUUACUUUACUGAAAAUAGAACUGGUUUUUAAUCGACUUUGGUUUCCUCUUGUGAGACCUGGUGCUCUUGCAGUUCUUUCUCACAUGCUGCUCAGUUUUCAGCAUUCUCCAGAGGCGUUCCAUCUGAUUGUUCCUCACGUAGUUAGUUUGGUUCACUCCUUCAAAAGUGAUGGUCUGCCUUCCAGUACAGCCUUCUUAGUGCAGUUAACAGAACUGAUACACUGUAUGAUGUAUCAUUAUUCUGGAUUUCCAGAUCUCUACGAACCUAUUUUGGAAGCAAUAAAGGAUUUUCCUAAGCCCAGUGAAGAGAAGAUCAAAUUGAUUCUCAGUCAAAGUGCCUGGACUUCUCAAUCCAAUUCUUUGGCCUCUUGCUUGUCUAGACUUUCUGGAAAAUCUGAAACUGGGAAAACUGGUCUUAUUAAUCUAGGAAAUACAUGUUAUAUGAACAGUGUUAUACAAGCAUUGUUUAUGGCUACAGAUUUCAGGAGACAAGUAUUAUCUUUAAAUCUAAAUGGGUGCAAUUCAUUAAUGAAAAAACUACAGCAUCUCUUUGCCUUUUUGGCUCAUACACAGAGAGAAGCAUAUGCACCUCGGGUAUUCUUUGAGGCUUCUAGACCUCCAUGGUUUACCCCCAGAUCACAGCAAGACUGUUCUGAAUACCUCAGGUUUCUGCUAGACAGGCUACAUGAAGAAGAAAAGAUCUUGAAAGUUCAGUCCUCACACAAGCCAUCUGAAAGUCUGGGGUGCAAUGAAUCUUCUUUACAGGAAGUAGCCAGUAAGGCAGCUGUACUAGCAGAGAGCCCUUGCACAAGUGAUGGUGAGAAGACUUUAAUAGAAAAAAUGUUUGGAGGAAAACUACGAACUCAUAUAUGUUGUUUGAACUGCAGGAGUACCUCACAAAAAGUGGAAGCCUUUACCGAUCUUUCACUGGCCUUUUGUCCUUCCUCUUCUGUCGAAAACUUGUCUUUUCAAGAUCCAGCAUCAUCAGCCAGUACACAAGAUGGUGGCCUAACGCAAGCCAGUGUACCUGGUCCUUCAGAAGAACCAGGAGUUUAUAAUCCAGCAACAGCUGCCUUUGUUUGUGACUCAGCUAUGAAUGAAAGAAUGUUAGGCAGUCCUUCUGAUGAGUUUUGCUGUACUGAAAACACUUGUGUCCCCAGUGAAUCUAGCACAAUUCUUGUUAAUAAAGAUGUACCUCAGAAACCAGGAGGUGGAAGCACACCUUCAGUAACUGACUUACUAAAUUAUUUUUUGGCUCCAGAGAUUCUUACUGGUGACAACCAGUAUUAUUGUGAAAACUGUGCCUCUUUGCAGAAUGCUGAGAAAACUAUGCAAAUCACGGAGGAGCCUGAGUACCUUAUUCUUACUCUCCUGAGAUUUUCAUAUGAUCAAAAGUAUCAUGUGAGAAGAAAGAUUUUAGACAACGUGUCACUGCCACUGGUUUUGGAGUUGCCAGUUAAAAGAACUACUUCUUUCUCUUCAUUGUCAGAAAGUUGGUCUAUAGAUGUUGACUUCACUGAUAUUAGUGAGAACCUAGCUAAAAAAUUAAAGCCUUCUGGAACUGAAGAAACUUGCUGCUCCAGAUUGGUGCCAUAUCUAUUAAGUUCUGUUGUUGUUCACUCUGGUAUAUCCUCUGAAAGUGGGCAUUACUAUUCUUACGCCAGAAACAUCACAGGUACAGAGUCCUCAUACCAGAUGUGCCAUCAGUCUGAGACUCUGGCGUUAGCAUCCUCCCAAAGUCAUUUCCUAGAGAGAAAUAGUCCCAGUGCAGUUAUUGAACAGGAUUUAGAGAAUAAGGAAAUGUCAAAAGAAUGGUUUUUAUUUAAUGACAGCAGAGUGACAUUUACUUCAUUUCAGUCAGUCCAGAAAAUUACGAGUAGGUUUCCAAAGGACACAGCUUAUGUGCUUUUGUAUAAAAAACAGAAUAGCACUAAUGGUUUAAAUGGUAACAGUUCAACCAGUGGACUCUGGGUAAAUGGAGACCCACCUCUACAGAAAGAACUUAUGGAUGCUAUAACAAAAGACAAUAAACUAUAUUUACAGGAACAAGAGUUGAAUGCUCGAGCCCGGGCCCUACAAGCUGCAUCUGCCUCCUGUUCAUUUCGGCCCAAUGGAUUUGAUGAUAAUGACCCACCAGGAAGCUGUGGACCAACUGGUGGAGGGGGUGGAGGAGGAUUUAAUACAGUUGGCAGACUCGUAUUUUGAUCCUGAGAGAUCCAAAAUGCACUGGUCACAAAAAUCUAAUACUAUGACUGUUAACAAAUAUCAUACCUAUCUUUUAUUUUUCUUUUCAUUAGACCCUUAUACUUUAAGAAAACACACUCAGUGCUUGUUUUGAUUUUCUUGACAAUACCGUUAUUAACAAGUGCAUCAUGGGAAAAAAAAUCUACCUCUUAAAAUUCCAUUUUGCUUUCAUGGUUAGACAUGCUUGACCAAAAAUUUUCAGAGAAAAAUAUGUACCCGGUCCCUAAUUAAGCUGCAUUAAAUUUAGCAAAGGCAUUUAAAUGGUCUCAUUCUCAGUCGUACUUAACAAAAAAAUAUGAUUCAUUUAGCAUCUUUUAUAAAAGAAUUGAUGCUACAAAUAAUGGAAAUAUUGUUUAAAAAGAAAGAAAAAAUCCUUUAUUUCAUGCAUAGUACCCCAUUAUUAAAUUCAAAUCUUUUAAAAUACUAAAGAUAAUACAGUCUCUAAUGAAGGCAAUAACAUAAAAUUUAUCAAGCUAUAGUACUUUUCAGGUUUUUGUUUAGUGCUGUUUUCAGCAUCACUGUAUCUGCAUUUCAAGUAUAAAUGUUUUCAAAAAGGAUUAUUUAUACAUAUAUGCUGAACUGAUUUUAAGAAAGGUGCAUGAUCCUGUAGGAACAACAUUUUUACCUAAAAAUUGCUAACUUUGUAGUAUUUCUAAUUGUUUAAGGAUUUUUAAAUUCUAUUUCAGGGAGUAUAUCUUCUGUGUGUUUUGAAGAAGGUGAGUUCUGUAUGUGCCUUGCAGUACUGUAAUUAAAAAAUAGGAAUCUUUGGCUGCGGAAAAGUUUUUAAAAAUGAAAUGUUAGAAAGUAAUUUUUUGUGCUAACAUUAAAAUUAUAACUUUUUGAAAGAUAUUAGAUAUUCCUGAAGUAAAAUCUGACGGUUCUAAAUCAAUAAGUAUGAUAGAUUAUUUUUAAAUUAUAGAAGAAUUCAGAGGGAAUGAAUCUAGGCAAGUAAAAAAUCUUUUGAUUUUGUUACUUAAUCCUCUGAUUAUUAAACAUCAAUUGCAUAUUCUUAGAGUUGGACAUUUGGGAUUUUUUUUUCAUUUGAAUCUUGUGCUUUGCACAGUUGUUUCUAUUUCAUAGUUUCAUAUAAAAUGUUGAAAUGUAAGACCCUACCAUCCUGCAUUUUCUUUUACCAGAGAGUGAAAAACAAGUCAGUUCUCCUGGGUCUUGAUUAUAUGUAUUCUAUAAUUAUCCCAGUUUUCCCUUUCCCUAAAACUUUUAACUUAUCCAUGGUUGUACAUUGUUCUAAAAUCUAUCUCAUAUUUAUUUUGAAAACACUUAAAGGAAAGGGUGUUCUUUGGUGAUUUGGAGUUUAUCUUUUUCCUAACCUUUUAAUUCUGUUAAAAACAGAAUUCCUCAUCUUCAUUCCACUGUAUCCCACCCCUAACUUGUUUCCAGUCACCAGGAAAAUUGGGAAAACUGAUUGGAUUAGAACUGGAAAUUCUUUGCAGAAUUGAUUGAGAUUUGUCUUUUCUAUAAAUGAAUGAAACACAAAUUUUUAUCAUGCUGUCUUUUCCUGUGCGCUUCCUUUUGUCUUAAUAGUGUAUUCCUGAGAUACUCUAUGUGUUCAGUUACCCACUGGCUAAUUAAUGAUUUAUUAUCAGAUUAUAUCAGUGUUAGCAUUUACUGAAAUUGGUGAAGUUAUUUAAUUCUUGGUACAUUCAUAUUGGGCUCAGCUGCUCCUGGGAACUUUCUUAAAGACCGACCUACACGUGGUUUUAUCUAUGAAUACCAAAUCAUUCAAGGAUUUUGUCUGUCAAGGUGAUACAUACUGAGUUUUCAAAAUGAUAAAAAGAUGGAAUAAUACUGGGACUAUUCAGAUGAUAAUUUCAUAUCAGUAGCAAAAACUUGAAAUUAAGGAUUUCCUUUUCAGAUUAAAACUGUAAUAACAUUAAUCAUUUGCUGAAUUUAAAGUAUUUAUAUCUAUGUAAAUGAACUUGAAACUUGAAACCAGAAUAACCAGAGGCUCCAUUUCUUACAUUCCUAACCCUUGUGCUUUCCUCUGCCUCUUGCAAAUUUUAUAAGGUCUGACUCGGCCAGAAUAUAAUUGCUGUUUUAGUUCAUUUAUUUGAUUACCAAGGUAAUCAGUUCAAAUGAAGCUGCUCAAUGCUGCUUAAAAGGGUGCAUUACGCCACACCACCAACAAAAAUGAAAAACCAGAUAUCUAAGUCUGUUCCUUUCAAAUAUCUUUAUUGACACAUUGAGAAAAAUAGAUUUUUUUCUUCAGAGAGAUAGGCAAAGAAGAAAAUGUGUGUAAUGUGGUCAGUCAUGCAAGCCCUUGUAAUCCAUUCACUAAGCAGGUGCCUAUGCAGCUCUGCCUCAUGACGUUUACAUAGCUCAAGUUGGAGAAUGGAAUCUAAUUUGUUCUUUGUUCAAGCUUCUUCCCACCACCUCUCUUCCCGCUGAAUAAUCAGAGAUAGAGCAGCAUUGGGCUUGAGAUCCCUGACUUUGGUCUCCAUACCUUAAGACUCCAGAAGAAUCCUUUGGAUGUUAAAAUAAAGAUUCCUCAUAAUGUGUAGAGGUAUUGGGGAUCCUUAUAACAGGUUCAAAAAAGCCUAGUUUUAGCUGAAAUCUAGAAAGAACAAAAAAUAUUCCAAAACUAAAGUUUUAAGCUGAAAUCUGUAGUAUUUCUUCUCAGUUAGUUCUGUUCCCUUUAUGGUCAUGUUAUUUACAAAAACAGUUGUCUUUUCAUAUACUACCCCUUUAAAAACUUCUGCUACCUUCUUAGAAGAAGGGGUUGAAUGCUUCUUAUGUGUGCAUCACAGUUGAAGAAAAAGAAAAUUGUCAUAGUUUGUUCAGUACACAGAUGUUAAUGGAAAUCACCAUUUUAAUGUUGUAUACUUUGUUCCAGUUCUUAAUUUUCAGUAUAUCUUUUUCCUGUGAUUGUGCACUGCACUUCACAUAAUAUACACUAUACAAGGAGAGAUUUUUAAGUGACUGUUCAGAGAAAAUAAUACCAUACCUUUAUGUAUAGUAUCUUCUCUCAUAUGAAUGCUAUGCUUUCUAAAUCCUUUCAUCCUUGACUUUUUUCUAAUGAGUUUAGAUUUCUAAAACUAUUGUGAAGUAAAGAAGGAUAAAUCAUUCACAUUUUAUAAAAGCAUACAAAGAAGCGUUAACUGACUUCUGUUAACUACUCAGUAAUGUGGUCAUCUGAGGGAGUAAGGCUAAACCUUGGAUAAUGUAAUCUGAGAGCUUAAAGUGCAACAGCUAGCAAAUUUAAAUUAAAAAUUAUCUCAGGCUUAAAAAAAUAAAUCUAAAAUAUAUGUUGCUCCAUAUAUACAAUCUUAAGCAUUUACCAAACUAUUACGUACCGUUAUAGUAUUAGCCUUUCUUGAUAUUACUAAGUUAAUUUUCUUACAGAGUUCUUUAUAGGAGUGAGUGAAUCUCAGAAUGAAUAGAGGAUUUAAAAUAAACAGGGCUUUAAAAAAAAAUCUUGUAAAGAAACUGCAGCUUCCCUUUAUAAAAAGAAAUCGCAAUAGAACUAAUUUUUAAAGAAAUGAAAUAAAGAUUUUUAUAAAAUCAACAACCUGAGUUUUACAGAUUCAAGGGACUUGUUAUGUAAAACUUUUAGCCCCGAUGUUAUAUAACCAGUGUGGAUUUGGCAUUAAAAAUAGAAUCUAAGAAGUCAGCCAAGUGUGUUGCCAGCGUUCAUCAGUGUCAGUUAUGGCCUGCAGUUGUUUUUCUCUUGAUCUCAUGUUUUCACAUUUUGCUUUGUGUGCUAGACACACACACACAUAAACAUAAACACGUACACAUACACCUUGAUUUCAGAGAGAUGAAAAAGCCUUCCCUAGCUAGAUCAGCAGUAUUCAACUUUGCGUUUAUGUUAAAAUCACUCAGUUUAUAAAAAAUAAUAGCAUACUCAGGCCUCACCCCAGACCAAUUAAAUUAUGUGGGGACUGGGCAUCAAUAUUUUUUUAAGUUCCUCAUGGGAUUUUGAUGUGCAGCAUUGGUUGAGAACUUCUGGACUAGAAAAGGAGUUUUUUCCUAGGGCUUUUACCCAAGAGAACUAGCAUAUUGACUGUCUACCAUGUGCAGGAGACUGGUUGAUAUUUAUAUGUAUUUUUUGCUCAUAACUUUGCUUUCCCUAACCCCAUUACAGAUCAAUAAAUAAAUUCUUAUUAAGGAACUUGCUUGAAAUCAUGCAGCUAAAAAAUAAAAAGUUGAGAUUUCUUAAAAUUGAAAUUUUAACCUAAGUCUUAAGAACUCCAGAGCCAGUAUUCUAGUGGAAAGAUAGUAACAAGUAGGAGAAUAAAUGUGAACUAAAAACUACGCGAAUUACAUAUUAAUAAAGGCUUGGCAAUAAAUUUUUGAAACAAAA